GCUGUCAUGGCGUCGUGGGCGCUGCUGGCGAAGGAACAGCCUCUGCGGAGCCAGUAGAGAGCUGGGCAGGCGGGCAGGCGGCGGGCCGGCCAUGGAGAGCUUGGCGCAGCCCCCGCCGCCCCCGGGCGCGCUGAAGAGGGGCGGCGGGGGCGCUGCGGCCCGAAUCAUCCUGGAGGGGUCAGUGGAGGAAGAGGCGGCGGCUGACGGGGGUAGUGGUCGGGGCGGACCCGUGACCGCUGAGGAGGGCGGCGGGCAGUGGGGUCCUUCCCCUCUGCUUCUUCCCCCGCCUGCCGCGGGCUCUGGGAGGGACUCUGCUCCCGCGCUGGGGUCUCCUGUGCCUGCCACUGAGAGCCGCCGGUCCGCUGCGGGCUGCGCGGAGCCAGCAGUGACUGAGAGCCCUGAGGCAGCUCCUGCCUUGGAGAGCGGCCCCGGGGAGGCCGGCAGCAGCGGCGACCCCAGCCCCCCAGAGGAGGAGUCGCAGAGCUUAGACUCCCUGGAGUCCUUCUCCAACCUGCACUCCUGCUGCCCGAGCAGCUCCGAGCUCAAUAGCGAUGCCGAGGAGGUGGCGGCGGCGGUAGCAGAGGGCAAGGCCCGGAGCCCCGGAGGAGAUGGGCCCACGGCUACGGCUCAGCUCUUGUCUGCCUCUAAGGAGCGCUUUCCUGGCCAGUCGGUCUAUCACAUCAAGUGGGUCCGCUGGAAGGAGGAGAACACGCCGAUCAUCACCCAGAACGAGAACGGGCCCUGCCCGCUGCUGGCUAUCAUGAACGUGCUGCUGCUGGCUUGGAAGGUCAAGCUGCCACCAAUGAUGGAAAUCAUAACUGCUGAACAGCUGAUGGAAUAUUUAGGAGACUAUAUUCUUGAUGCAAAACCAAAAGAGAUUUCUGAAAUUCAACGUCUAAAUUAUGAGCAGAAUAUGAGUGAUGCAAUGGCUAUCCUACAUAAGCUACAGACAGGUCUGGACGUGAACGUGAAGUUCACUGGUGUACGAGUUUUUGAAUACACACCUGAAUGCAUAGUGUUUGACCUUCUUGAUAUCCCUUUGUACCAUGGAUGGUUAGUGGAUCCUCAGAUUGCUGACAUUGUGAAGGCAGUUGGUAAUUGUAGUUACAAUCAAUUGGUGGAGAAGAUAAUCUGUUGUAAACAGUCGGACAACAGUGAGCUGGUUAGUGAAGGAUUUGUAGCUGAACAAUUUCUGAACAACACAGCCACUCAGUUGACAUACCAUGGAUUAUGUGAGCUGACUUCAGCAGUUCAGGAAGGAGAACUUUGUGUGUUCUUCAGGAACAACCAUUUUAGCACGAUGACCAAAUAUAAGGGUCAGCUUUAUCUGCUGGUGACAGACCAGGGUUUUCUUACAGAAGAGAAAGUUGUCUGGGAAAGUUUACAUAAUGUAGAUGGUGAUGGAAAUUUCUGUGACUCUGAAUUCCACCUUCGACCUCCAUCAGACCCAGAAACUGUAUAUAGAGGGCAGCAAGAUCAAAUCGAUCAGGACUAUCUGAUGGCAUUGUCUUUACAACAAGAGCAGCAGAGCCAAGAUAUCGAUUGGGAGCAGAUCCCAGAAGGAAUCAGUGAUCUAGAGCUGGCAAAGAAGCUGCAGGAAGAGGAGGAUAGGCGGGCUUCUCAGUACUAUCAGGAACAAGAACAAGCAGUUGCAGCUGCUGCUCAGGUCCAGUCAUUCUUCCAGCAGGUGCAAGGAGCUGCUUCUCCAGCAAGUGGAAGACAAUCUGGAAGUAGUGAACGCAAACGAAAAGAACCUCGAGAGAAAGAGAAGGAGAAAGAAAAGAAUAGUUGUGUUAUUUUGUAACCGGGGAUGGAUUUUGCCUGGAGUCAAGUGCAUGUCCUCAAACAAAAACAAGGAAUAAAAUGAAGACAAACCCGUUACAUGCCGCCUGUGCCUGAUUACCCCAUGGAUUUAUUCAUGUUUAAGGAGAGAAUGGGUGACUACUUUGUUACAAUCAUACAGACUUUCUUCAAAGUCCUACAGUGCGCUCUGUGUGAGAUGGAAUUCCAUUACAAUUGGAUGCGGCUGUGCUUUGAGUCAGUCAUGAGAAAUACUGCACCUUGUAGCUAAACACACAAAUCACGGCAAGUUUUGUGUCAUAGUGACAUGUGUUACUUAUAAUAUCAGUUAGUAAGCUAUUUCAUCUUCUGCUCUAAACAAAGAAAGGAGGUAAUCGGUUUUGUCAGAUUUCUUUACAUCAGCACAACAGAAUCCUGUAUUGCUUUUCAUGGUCUGACAAUAUAACUUAGACUGGGUAUUCAUGACUUUAGAGCCCAAUGAGUGUCUGGGCACACUGCCUCCAUAACGCACCCAGAUUCCUUUUGUUCAAGAGCUGGUAGUCCAUUCUUUAACCCAUAUUUGUGCUGGGUUAGUUCUACCACCAUGACCUUUGCCCCAUGCAUAAGUUAUUUGUUAAACAUCAUAUUGAAAAUUGGGUGUCAUGGAAAAAUGGGGUGUCUAUUGAUAAGCAAGAUAAAGAUUUAUUAUUGCUUUUCUUGCAGUUAAAAACUAGGUAUCACACCUCAGUUCUUAUCAGGGUCAGACACAAAUAAUUUAAUAGUUUUUUUUUCUUUGUUUAGUAUCUUCCGUUAUAGGUAAACUGGACCACAGAAGUUAUUUAUUGAUCUCUCCAUGCAACACGUGAAUUGUUGUAGGAAGCUGAAGUCUCUAAUAAUGCUUGUCCUGCGUAGGAAUGCAGAAUUAAAAUAACUAACUUAAUAUCUGCCUUCGUCCAAAAGUACCUUGAACCGUAUCAUGACUUUGACAUGUCCACUGGUAUAUUUAAGCUAGUGUACUGUGUACAAAUACUUUUAAAAAUCAUGUAUCAGUAAAAAGCACACUUUUGCAGGGUGAGAGAAAGGUUAAGCUAGUCUCUCAAAUUGUUAGGAAAGGCACUCAGAUGUAGUAUCACUUUGUUUUUUAAAUCAUUAGUUUAGAGUUACGGGAAACUUCUAUAGAAAUAACCAGAUUUUCUAAUUUAUGGGAACCAAAUAAACAUGUUACAUCUUGUAGUAUUUAUAGGUUACAGGAAUAAAAUACUUGUUGAAUUUUAUUAUGAGGAUACUACAAAUCCUCUUUCAUUUCAACAGGAAAAGCCAGUAACUACUACUUUGUUGCUGAUCCUUUUGAUAAAGUUUUUAUUUAGCAAUUUGUAGACACUUUUGAAAAAAACUGCUUCUGCUGGAAAAAAGUAGUUCUGAUUCACGUUCUAAGGCUUGGUAAGUGUAUUAAUAUACAGGAGUAUAGAUGAGUUUAAAGCAGCCACCUGGAGUAUGACAUUCAUAUAUUUUGAAGUGUGGCUUGGGGGAAUGUCCAUAACACUCAAAAUUUAAAAAACCCUCUUGAUUUCUGAAUAUGAGUCCAGCAUUAAAGAAAUGCUAUAAAAUUGUUUCAAAUGGAAUUGCCUCCAUAAUUGGAACCAGUCAUUGCACAAAUCUGUUACAUAUUUAAAUAAACAAUUAGGCUGAUAAAAUAGGCAUAGUUUUGGUAAUAACUGAAGAGCCAGUCUAGAUCACUCUAUUUGUUUCUUCCUCAGCUUUUUUCCUUCUAUCCAUUUUGUUACAACUUCCUUUUUAUAAUACCGAAGUGAUGGAUGAUUGAAGGGGAUCUCUCUUUCAGACACAGAUUUUAGAUACUGUUUUUUAUUAUUUCUUGAUAAUUAUAUAGAAAGGUCAUUAAUACUUAUUCAAAUGUAUGCCAGUUAAAAUAAUAAUAUUCUUUGUCAAGUCAAACAAUUUACCUUAUUCCUUUCACUGAAGCAAUCCAUUGCUUCAGACAAAUUUACACGAAUAUAAACGAGGAACACAAAUGUGAUGGUUUGCUUUACGCAGAACAGAAAAUAUUGAUGUAUUGUAUUGGAGGUACAAAAACUUUUAACCAUAUUUUUUUUUAAAAAGCAGUCUGUUACUGAUGAAAUAUUUCCAAACUCAUAUUUACAUUUAACACUUUUGAAAAAUAAAUGUCAAGUUAAACUUUUGUUACCUUAUUAUUUCCAAUGACAAUACUGCCAUUGUACAUUCACUUUUAAAACAAAUUAACUUAGAAUGUUGUGGCUAUUAUCAAGUACAUCUUUUCGUAAAAUAAAGUAAAUCACUAAAAAUAAUUCAGUGAACUUCCUAGUAUCAGAAAAGUCUGUAUAAUAUUCCUAUUUCAUGUCUUACUGACACCCCUGAAACAUAAUUUGAUAUACUUAUGGUAAUAUUGGUAUAUUCAAUUACAGUGGAAGAAAACAAAUUAAAUGUCAAUGUUUGUUGUAAAAAUCUCAGACUUUCCAAGAAUUCAGUUUCUCCUUCAAUAAAGGAGUUAUCAAUUUCAGAAA